CAUCAAGUGACCUCCACGACUAAAACCAGUUCGAGUUUCAAGGUCUCCCAUCCAAGGCCUGUGGAUGGCAACUGGUUGCCUUUUGAUUGCCUCCGAACUACGCCUUGGCGUGCGGAUUUCAGUAUUCCUCAAAGUCUAGAGCAAAUUUGGGUUCUAUACGAGCAAGCAGGUGCGAAAGCACUUGAAAAUCUCUCAGAUGGGGGUUCUUUGGAUUUGGAAUGGCAGUUUGAAAUUCAUGUGGAAUAUUUAGUACCGAAGUUAGAUUCUACUUCUGUCCCAGAACCUGAAGCAAGAAGUGGAGGCGGAAAUGGAGUCAAGAUCUCAGCGACCACGGCUCAUGCGUCCUGUGUAAUUUCUGCCGCUUCGUACGCUAACACGGCUCAGCGUGUGGACUGUGCUCAAAUUAGGAGGAGAGCAGUUACGAGUGUCGAGUUUAGUGGUGAUGUGAGGCUCUGUCAAGUGGAAUUACUUGGCCGUUUGUCUGCUGCCUCCAACGCUCUUCUAGAAAAUCAAAAUACCUUGAUGUUCGACGAAGCAAGCCUUUUAGAAGAGGAACUAUUGCUGCCGUCGGGGACGUCACUUUUACAACAGCACCAACCGCAUACAAGAGGUCGAGCAGGUGUUGAUGAUACUAAAGUAGCGCCACAAGCAGGAGCACAAGCUCAUGGGCGAGUCGUAUCACGCUUCCAUGUUGACCAUCCGGAAUUAGAGAAGGAAAGGCGGCAAAAGGGUAAGGGACUACGACAACCAAGUUUGUCCGGGGGAGAGGUUCUAAAAAAGUCCAAUAGACCUGAAAACACCUCCUAUCCUCCAUGCGACGAAGAGCUUAUAGGGAGGUCUUCGUUUUUUAAGAUCUACUACCAAGACAGUGAGCAAAUUCGCAUGGCUCGAGAAGACUGCGAAGAAACGUCAGGUGGCGCUUACCACUAUAUGGAUACGCAUUUGCUGAUGAAUAAUUUAUGGCCAGUACAACAAAGGAGGUACACGAACAAUCUUCAAAGCUAGUUGCCAUCUCUCUCGCCUGUUUUCUUCUUGGUCUAUUCGUAUCCUCCGCCUCGACCUACUUUCAUUCCCCAACAUGGCGUUCAACCUCGGCAUUUGCUUCCCUCAGAGCUACCAGGACACCGAUCCGCUAGCCUCCGACUACUGUUCUCUCGAGCAGAUAUUGAAACGUUACUACCGCGACGUGGGAGCCAGAUGCGAAUCUCUGCGUGUCUUAUCAAAAAAGCGCUUCUGGCCACAUCGUCAUUUCGGCUUCCGGCAACCGCGUAUGGACUUUCUCAUUGCUGGCUUUGCACGUUCUGGGUCGACAACAGUGAAAGCUAAUCUUCAAAGACUACAUAGAUUAAGGCUUGUUCCCCUAAUGGUCCAUCUUCAGAGAAGUCAGCAUCCUGUCUGAGAGAGACGUUUCUUUUCAAGGGGUAAAAGGUCUCCGAAUACGCUGCAAGAUGGUUUUGUCGGAUGAGCUCUAAGUAGGCACGUCAUCAUGGACGAUUCAUUGCUCAGUUUUAACUGGCCACCGUUGCUGCGGUUGCAAGACGUCCAACAGUUUAGAGAAGAAGUGGGGAAAAGAUCAAUUUCUACUGGGACUGGAAAUUAGGGCUACCGUUAUUACUCCGUCUCUCUAUAGGCAUCCCUCAACCGUAUGCGCCCCGAUACAAGGGGGACACUGACGCAUACGCUUGAGAGAUUUCCACAGGGAUGAAUUAGGAAGAGGUCUAAGGAAAGAAUCUGCCCUCUAGUCCGAUAGCAGUAGCGCCUCUUGUCGGCUUCAAAAGUGAAGCCUUUGCGUUUUCACGGCAUGUCAGCUUAGUCUGUGACGCUUAUCCGCUUUUGAAGUUGAUUUUCGUUGUGCGUUAAGGCAACAACUACCUAGAAGUCCACUGCAUCCUCAGUGUCAUUCUUGGCUAUUUUUCCUAAUUAGUAGGGGUAAACCGUCUACUUCACAACGCCAAGGACGACGCUACCAGGAAUGCGGCUGAGGUUGAGGUAGGUCUAAGUCCUAGAGCCAAUCGAGUGGUUACAAAGCGUCUUCAACUACCGCGUUCAUCUACGUUGUGCACGUGAAGGGUUGGGCAGUGCGGGAUGUCCAGAGGGCAGACAACACUCUUUUCUACAGAUCGCAACAGGGCAACUCGAAUUCGAAGACUGUGGAAGACGCUUUGGCCGCUACAGCGAGAUCCUAGCGGAUGUCUUUCGCGUGUGUGGCAGGGAGCGGGUUUUAGUGGUGGAAUUUGAAUCACUCAAAAAUGAUCCGGAAGCGUUUUUCUCGAGGAUACACGAGUUCUUGGGACUUCCGAGAAGUACAACGAUGUUUUUAGAAGAGACAAGUAGAAGUAGUAGACCAAGAACUCCUACAUCACGAGGCGUAGGCGAUGGAGGACACGUUGGAGAGGACGAUCAUGCUGAGGACGCUGAAGGAAGAUUUCAUAAUGAUGAUGAACAAGGUCAAGGUCAAGGCGCAAGUGGGACUGCGACGACUCCGACUACGGCACUGAAGCAAUCAAAUCAGCAUCAAUUUGAGAGUCGCAACGAGAUGGAUAAGCUGGCCUAUAAUUUCGUCAUCCGCAACAUUUUGUGCGAUGACGACAGCAUGAAAACCGAUGGCGAGGAGGAUCUAGAGAUUUAUCGAAUCUUGUCAGACUACUUCCGUGAUGAAUAUCCUAAAAUUGCGGAAAUUGUCCGUAGGGAUCAAGGCUUCGUCUCUGAGAAAUUGAGCAAUGGUCCACCUGAGAGGAGCAAGAAGCAUUGUCAUGACUUCUUCACGGUUAAUGAAAACGGUGGAAAGUUCAAGGUUAAUAAAAAUGCUUCGUGGGAUACGUAAAGAAGGACAUGAGGAGGUCGGUUAGAAGCUUUAUGUAGAAUUAUUUAGUUUGGAUGAUGAACGCAGUGACGCUGAAGACGCAUUCGAUGAGAAUAUAAAGCAGAUUAGGACAGGAAACACAGACAAAAAAUCGAAAUCAUUUCGCCAAUCGCAUUAAAUAUUAGACACUGCGGCUGCUCAGACCACCGAGUCAGCAGCACAAUUACGCCAAGAAUUCCAAUUCACGUUCAAAUCAGCACGAGACUCGCAAGACCUUGCCAUUCCGUUUCACUUUCGCACAUCACACACGACUGUUGAAUGCUAUUGCAGAUUGAAAGAGAUGUGACGGUGACCUGUGUAGAUGAUUACACUAAACAACAUUAAUUGAAGAAAAUACAACAACGCAACACCGACCACGACUGAUUGUAACUAAACA